AUGAUCCCUCCAAAUUGGGUUUCGCUUUAUAGGCGCAAGGUAUCGCAGCUAUGCGAGCUGCAGUCUACUCUCGAAGAUCAGAAGUCUCACUCAACCCUCAAGAAGCAAAGGAAUUCUUGUUUUGCCACCAUCUCAAAUGCAACAAUCGAGAUUCAUUCUAUGGACUUUGCUACUGGUGCAACUCGAUGCAUGCUCGGACAUUUCAGCCCCGACGUUGAGAAUGCUAUGGAAAUAUGCAGUGACGAUUUCUCGAAGCUCAGAGAACUGAUGAACAAGUAUCAAAGGACCGACAGGUCAAGCAUGCAAGAGACCCUCCUCCGAACCUUUAUCAGAUACUCAAGGAACGGGAAAUUCUGCGAUCCAGGUCCCUGGACACCAUCAUGCCAAUUCACUCAAGACACUGGAAACCUCUUCAACAGCAGUGACAAACAUGGAUUCACCAUCGAAAGUGGAGCUACAAUGGCCGACACCGUCUCCGGCCACCGAAUAGUCAUCAUGAAAAGCGACUCAUUGGUCGAAAAAACACUCCCGUCUGUUGGCGAGAUACUCGUCCUCGUCAGAUGGAUGUCCUCCGGAUAUCGACCUCAGAUGAAACAUCUGAGAAAAGCCCAAAGACUCUCGCAAAGUGAAAGGUUCAUUCACGACUUUCCGACAAUGGUGAUUUCAUUUCUACCAGACUGUCGAGUCCGAAUCCUAUACGGAUACUUCGACCAAGGUCGACUUAAGGUGGCUUACACUGAAGCCAUCAAUUUCGAUGCCAACAAUUACAGCUCCAAAAUGGGUGUUUUGGUGCAGUGGGCUUGGCCACUGGUCAAUUUCGAUACCAGAAAACCUAUUCCUCUCCUGACCAUCUCAGAGGAGACUACAUGUGAUACGUGUGGAUCAGCAAUGCGAAUGAACCAACCGUGUGAGGAAUGUGAGAGCGGCUGGGAGACUGAAUUUGAGAGUGAUUUAGAGGGGGAAGAGAUCGAUGUUUCAGGGUGUGAAGAGACCAAUAUACCAAGGUGCGAGGAGGAAAGGCCGAGCAUGGCGAAGAGGCCAUUGGGAACCAGGGCGGCCUCGAAAAUCCCCCGUUCCAUCUUGGGCAAUGCAUUCUACGCUCGUCUGAUGAGGGCCGUUUCAUAA